AUGAAAAAACACAACUAUCCGUUACACUCCCACCCAAAAAGUCAAAACACUCACAAUCUCGCUUCCUACUGGCUAACCUCGACUCCCUUCUUCCACUUCGGAGACAAAGUGAAUUGCAGGAGCGGUUUAGAGAGAGAGAGAGAGAGAGAAGUCCCACAGUCUCGCCCCCAUAUCUACUUUGUUUUGAUUUGAAGGAGAAAAGAAAAUGGUGGCCAGAACCCCACCAAAGCUUCAGCAGAGGAAAAUGGCGGUGGCUCCUCUCAACCCCAUACUUCUCCGUGAAACUCUAAGCAAGGUGGACAAGUGUAUGGCUAGAUUGCAGGAGCUACAGUACACAGUUACAGGAGGGAGCAAGGUCAUUUCUGGUGUGACUCUUAGCCCUCGUAGCACAAGAGGCUAUUUGAGGACUAGCCUCAGAUGUAAACAAGAAUCUCUCAGGAUCAAGAAUGCUACUUCUAACAGAUCUCCUCAUGGAAAGUUGCCUGCAACUACAAAAACAGGAGAGUGGAAGAGAAUGUCACUACCAGCAAUGUUGUUGGGGGAGACAGUAAAUGAGAUCCUAGAAGCAAGCCAAUUUGCAAGAAAAAUAGUGGAAGAAGCAGCCAAAGAUGACCCCAAAACUCCCCCCCUCACAAUCAGGCAAAAGAAGAAGCCGAGCCCGGAGAACUCUGAGCUUCGGGCUCGAAGGAAGAGGGAGAAACAGGUUAAACUCCUCCAGGCUACUACUCCAUCUCUCCAGCGCGCCAAAUCGCGAAUAAACUUUAAGGUUGUUGUUUCUCCUCCUAAUUGUGAGAGGGAAAAGUGCAAGUACAUGGCUAAUAGGGUCUCUCCAAGGCAUAGGCCCUGGGCUAAAAAGACUGUUCUUUUCCCCAACCCUGUGUUCCAUUCAUCCUCCCCUCCUAAAAGGUCUCCUGUGAUUGCAAAUGCUCAACCAAAAACGCCACAUAAGUUCUUGAUCAAGUCCCCCCACCAGCCUUCCAAGUUUCAGGUGAAAAUCAGGAGCCCUCCGUUGUCUAUUUCUCCCACCAGGGCUUCUCCCGUCGUGUCUAAAAAGUCUCCAAAGAUGAUGUCUACAGCUGCAAAGCUGAGAAGAUCGUUUUCGCCUUCAAGAUUGGCAAACAAGCUAGUAUCAUCAUCGCCCUCGAAGGUGAGAACAUCAUUUUCGCCUUCAAGAUUGGCAAACAAGGUAGUAUCAUCAUCGCCCUCGAAGAUGAUGAGAAGAUCAUUUUCGCCUUCGAGAUUGGCAAACAAGCUUGUUUCACCAUUGAAGAGUAGGAAAUUAGGUGUACAGAAUGAUGCUGGUGCAAUGAAGAUGAUGAUGAGUGGAUUGAAACAACGACAACCACCGGGUUCUUCAUUGCCAAAGCAAUUCCCAGCUCGGCGAUUGUGAUUCAAUGGAUCAUUCUUUGUAUUUUUCAUGUCUAUAUAUUUGAUUUUGAUUGGUAUAAAGGUUGUGUGUGCCUUUUUCUUUGGCCCUAUCAGACUUCAAUUGUGAGGUGCUUCCUCAAUAAUUCAUGUUUGCUAAAUGGAAGGACAAUGAAAUAUAUUCUUAUAUACUGAACUA